CCCGCUGUCGCCUCCGCUCCAGCCUCUAGUGCCAGCCUCACUCUUUUUUCUCCAACCUUUUUUACUUCCAUCUUUCCUCCUUAGAAUGAAAGAAAGAUGAGGGUUUUCCUUUUCCGAUCGGUUGAAACCGCCGUCAGAAGAGGAGGUGGGAGGAAACCGUCGGCGCCGCCGGCGGCAUCGGCCAUCCCCUCGCUCUCCUCAUGAAUCUCAACCCUUUGGUCUCCUCCCUUUCCCUCUACGAUAUCGCCGGCACCCCGGCGUCGCCGCCGACGUCAGCCACAUCAACACGCGCACCCAGGCCCCCCCUUGCCCUUUCUCGUACCAUCUCUCAUCUCCUUCUCCCUUCCUAAUCCUGGAAAAUAUCUGAUCGAGGGUUUUGGAUUCCUCUUUUCUUUAUGUCGGUUGUCGGAUUUAUGGGCGAGGAGAAACUCGGGAAAGCCCUAGAGGGCUUCGAUGUCGUCAUCAUCCCGGCCGGCGUCCCUCGGAAACCGGGUAUGACCCGCGACGAUCUGUUCAACAUCAAUGCCGGCAUCGUCAAGCCUCUAUGCACGGCCAUAACCAAGUACUGCCCUACUGCACUUGUUAAUAUGAUUGGCAAGCCUGUGAAUUCGACGGUGCCGAUUGCGGCGGAGGUGUUCAAGAAGGCGGAGACCUAUGAUAAAAGGAAGCUUUUCGGAGUCACCACGCUCGAUGUGGUGAGAGCUAAGACUUUCUUUGCCGGGAAGGCAAAGGUUCCGGUUGAGGGUAAAGCUUUUGCCUUUUCUUGGUUUUUAUGUAUGUAUUUGGUGGUCUUCCCCUCAAAGUGUCCUUUUUGGUUUUAA